UCUGGCAAACUGUGGCUCUUGUUAUCUAAGGUAUGCCUAGUCCUGUUUUGGCAAUUUUUUCUUUCCUUCCCCCAGAGUGUGCAGGAUCCUUGUCACUUGGAAAGAGAUUACAACCCUACAUUUAGCAAAGAUGGGGAUCUGGUUAUUGGAGCCUUUUUCUCUGUGUUCCAGCAGUAUUAUGGUUUCAAUGGACCAACGUCCUUCCAAGAUCCACCAAUCUUGCCUAGAUCAGCAACAAGGGAGAUGAUUAAACACUAUCAACACUUCUUGGCUUUCCAAUUUGCUGUGGAUGAGAUCAACAAAGACCCCUAUUUGCUGCCCAACAUUACCCUGGGAUACCAACUCCUCAAUAACUUCCAUGAGAGCAUUCUAGCUGUGGAGAGCUCCUUGAUAUGGCUGUCAGGGAAGGGUAGGACCAUCCCUAACUACAGCUGUGAUAGGCAGCAAAAGUCAGUGGCUGUCAUUGGAGGGCUAGCUGCUUCUCUGUCCAUACCACUUGCCAAAGUGCUAGAACUCUAUAAAAUACCACAGAUCAGCUAUGGUCCUUUUGAUCCAAUACUGUCUGACAAGGUCAAACUUCCAUACGUUUAUCAGUCAGCAAACAGAGACACCACUCUUCAUGUGGCAAUAGUCCAAUUGAUGUUGCACUUUGGCUGGACUUGGGUGGGGCUGAUUCUUUCAGAUGACAUCAGAGGGGAGAAUUUCUUCAGAGAUGUGAAGGAGGAGAUGGUGAAGAAUGGUGUUUGUGUGGCUAUUAAAGAAAUAGUUCCUCAAAACUUGCUGUAUAAAUUUGAUAAAGAAACAAAACUUCUUUAUAGGAUCCUUGUAUCAUCGUCAAAGGUAAUUUUCAUCUAUGGAGAUACCAAUUCUCUACGAGAACUUUUUCCAGCAAUCAAUCAUUUUCCAUUAUAUGGGAAGUUGCUGGUCACUACUUCCUCCUGUGAUUUUGGUGUACAUUCUAGCACUGAAACAAAUGAAAAUUUUCAUGGUAUGAUAAUAUUUUCCCAUGUUAAACCUGAGGUUCCUGGUUUCACAGAUUUCCUAAACUCGGUGAAUCCCAUAAAAAAUCCUGAAGACAUUUUCUUAAAGACUUUCUGGGAGACAGCCUUUGGGUGUACACUUUCAGAAAAAAGACCUGGAGAUAUGAAGUUUUAUGCUUGCCCCAAAUAUUAUUCCUUGAGUGAUGUUAACCCUGAUAUUCUUGACAUGGUCAUGUCUGAGCUAAGUGUUAAUGUCUAUAGUGCUGUGUAUGUUGUAGCUCGUGCUCUCCAUGAAAUCCUCCAGACUCAGUCAAAGGAAAUAUCAGAAUUUGGAGCAAUCCCAGAAAUUUCAUGGAAGCUCCACCAUUUCCUGAAGUGCAUCAACCCUGUCAGUAAUAUCAGUGAUGAGACAUGUGGGGAUAGAAGCAGGAUGCCUAUUGAGACAUAUGAUAUCCUGAAUUUUAAUUAUGUUCCUGGUCGAAUGGACACAUUGGUGAAAGUUGGGAAAGUGACCCCUGAGUUGCCUAAUGGCCAGGGAUUCAGGAUUAAUGAAGAAGACAUUGAAUGGCCAGAAGAUUUUGCUCAGACCCCCAGUUCCAUUUGCAGUGUGAGCUGUGUCCCUGGAUUCAGGAAGACAGCCCGUGAGAAUGAGCCCAUCUGCUGCUUUGACUGUACUCCAUGCCCUGAUGGAAAGAUUUCCAACCACACUGAUGCAGAAGUGUGUCUGAAAUGCUCUGAAGAUCAGUUCCCAAGCAGGGAGAGAGAUCGAUGCCUCUCCAAGAAUGUGAUCUUCCUGGCCUUUGAAGAACCUCUUGGAAUGACUCUGACCUGUACUGCUAUCUGCUUCUCCUUCCUCACUGCUCUGGUCCUUGGAGUCUUUGUGAAGCACAGAGACACUCCCAUAGUCAAAGCAAAUAACCGAGGUCUCAGCUACACUCUGCUCAUCUCCCUCACCCUCUGCUUCCUCUGUUCCUUGCUCUUCAUUGGUCGUCCUACCACAGCCACCUGCCUGCUGCGACAAACCACUUUUGCAAUUGUGUUUACAUGUGCCAUUGCAUCCAUUUUAGCAAAAACCAUCACUGUAGUCCUGGCCUUCAAGGCCACAAAGCCAGGAAGUAACCUGAGGAGGUACCUGAGUUCCACAGCAUCUUUUUCUCUCAUCCUUACUUGUAUUCUACUCCAAAUGUGUCUCUGUGGCAUCUGGCUUGGGACAUAUCCCCCAUUCCUGGAGAUGGAUAUGCACUCUGAGCUUGGUCACAUUGUCAUUCAGUGUAAUGAAGGCUCCAUCCUUGCCUUCUACUGUGUCCUGGGCUAUAUGGGCUUUCUGGCCUUGGGGAGCUUCACAACAGCUUUCUUGGCAAGGAACCUACCAGACAUUUUCAAUGAAGCCAAGUACCUGACCUUCAGCAUGCUUGUAUUCUGCAGUGUCUGGAUAUCCUUUCUGCCCACAUAUCAGAGCACCAAGGGCAAGGCCAUGGUGGCUGUGGAAGUCUUUUCCAUCUUGACCUCCAGUGCUGGGAUUCUAACUUGCAUCUUUGCUCCCAAGUGCUAUGUGAUCCUUCUGAGGGCAGACAGAAAUACCCUGGAGAUACUGAAAAGUAAAGCUAAUUCUGGGGGCUUAAGGUGUUCUCAGCCCACUUAG